UCGCACAUAGGUUUUGAGCAUGAACAAUGGAAAAUGAAAUUAGGGUCCGCAAAUAUUUGUUGAGAGAAAAAGUCUCGGAAGGAUCUCUAUCAAUCAUUUGGAAAGCUGAGCAUAAAACCAGUAGAGAAGAAGUGAUUCUGAAACAAGUUUUUCUCUCAAAACUCAACAAAAAUCUCAAGGAUUGUUUAGAUUGUGAACUCAACUUCUUAUCAAGUGUUAAACACCCAAAUAUUAUUCAUCUUAUUGAAGUUAUUCAGGUAGAAGGUUGUGUAUUCUUGGUCUUGGAGUUCUGCUCUGGAGGAAAUCUAGCUUCGUAUAUAAAGCAACAUGGGAGAGUCGAGGAGCAAGUUGUGAAGCGAUUUACACAGCAACUAGGAGCUGGUUUGAAAGUAAUGCAUGCACACCAUGUCAUUCAUCGUGAUUUGAAACCAGAGAAUGUUCUACUAUCGACAACUGAAACUGAUGCUGUGAUAAAGAUUUCUGAUUUUGGCCUCUCAAGAUUCAUUCAUCCAGGAGAGAAUGCUGAGACAGUCUGUGGGUCUCCACUGUACAUGGCUCCAGAGAUUCUUCAGUUUCAAAGAUACGAUGAAAAGAUUGACAUGUGGAGUGUAGGCGUGAUUCUUUUUGAGCUUUUGAAUGGUUACCCACCUUUUUGUGGUAGAAGUAAUGUUCAGCUGAUAAAAAACAUCAAAAAGUGUUCAGAUUUGCCCUUUUCUCGGUUCAUUCUUCCUGAAUUGCACCCAGACUGUAUUGAGAUCUGUACCAAGCUACUCUGCCCAAACCCAGUAAACCGGUUGUCCUUUGAUGAGUUCUAUCAGCAUAGUUUCUUGAAGAGGCUGAAUGCUUGAUCAUGUCGUAAGAAUUCGUAUCUUUCAGUGAGUUGCUUCCAGAGGAGAGGAGUUAAUCAAUAUAUAAAAUUAGUUGAUUUCAGUUGGUGUCGCCAAUCAUUAAGUUUUGUUAAUGAAAUACCCUACUGGUGCUAAUUGUAUGUUAAC